AUGGCUCACAUAGUAGACAACAAACUCCAAGCUCUAGACACCCAGUUCAAAGAACUGGACAUCAUCAAGGAUAAUCUGACGCGGCAAUUUGAACACCAUAGCAAGAUUUUGGCAAGCCAAGCAGCCCAAGAUGAGAUGUGGACAGCAGUUCUGGUCCUCGGGUUCACCUCAAUGGAACUGAAUAUUUUAUACAGCUAUGUCAUUGAGGUCCUUAUUUGCUUGCACACUCGAAUGCUUCAGAAGCUUCCAGACCUGGUGAGAAGUCUUCCGACCUUAACCUCCAUCCUUAGAAGAAAAGCCAAGAACAAGCAGGUUAGAAUUGUAUGGGAGUCUGUCCUGGAGGAGUAUGGGCUGCAAGAGAGAGAUGUCACAGCUCUCUGUACUUUCUUCAUUGCACACGGCAACAAGGCAGAGCACUAUUCUGCUAAUGUAAGACGGAUGUACAUCAAAGAUGUUACGUUCAUGAUCACCAACAUGGUAAAGAACCAGGCUCUGCAGGAUGGCUUGCUGAGAGCUGUUCAGAUCGUCGAGAAGGGGAAAGCAGCCAGCAUCCCUGAAACCACAAGGGCACCCCUAAAAGAGCUGAUGCCACCAGUCAAAGACUAGCCUGUUAGUCGCUGACUCAGCAAUCUACUUUCAGCCAUUUGUGUUGCAAAAACAAAAAAAAUACAUAAUUUAAUUUCUGUAGGUUUCUUUUAUAGCAAAAGUGGGUGGAACAUUAAAGAAACUGACAAAUUGAUACAAUGAAUACUGUGUAUGUAGCCAUGUUAAAGUAAAAGCAAACUCUUUCAUAAUUAAAUAGAGUCUAGGAGUGUAGCCUAGAGUACAUGCUUUGUACGUAUGAGGCCCUGGGUUCAACCCCCAA